GGCCUUUCGGAGUAUAAAUCGAGUCGUAAAAUGCAUUAAGCAAUAACUGUCGCAAAGUAAAGCCAACUAAAACACGUCCAUUGCUGCAGUAAAAUAUCGAAUUUAUUACUCCAAGUGCGGCUCGGGUAACGAGAUCUCGUAAACACUUUCAGAAAUAACGGCCGCGACGGAAACAGAUUUAUAUAGUAAAGUGCAGAAGAGAAUCGAUAUGAUAAAGUGCACGUUAUUAAUUAAAGGUUUGAUACACGCUUUAGUCGUUCUUGUUGUGUUCAAAACUGCCAAUGCAAAAGAAAACUCAGUUCCUCUUAAAGACAUAUACUCCGUCAUCGAAAACCUCGUUGCGCCGAUUCUGAAGACCGUUAAUAUACAAGUUUCUGGAGACGAAGUACAAGAUUAUUUAGCUCCAAACAAAAUUGAGAAACAAAACAAGAAAGUACAAAAUGGUGAUAAAGAUAUCGACAACGAAAUAUCACUUACAGAUUAUAGUCAAGAAAUAUUUAUUGAUAACGUUCUAAAGAAUCUACAAGAUUCUGCAGUUUUGAAAAACAUUGAACCACAAGACAAAAUACAAAGAAGAUUUAAUGACGAUCCUAACGACGAGGCACUUACAGAGGACAGUGAAGAAACCAUUAUAUUACAAUUUCAGAGUUCAACCGAAGUUCAACCUAAAAGAAGGAAUAUUGAUCCAAAGCCAAUAACAAAUAACAUUACAAAUGAACGUUCUGAGAAGUAUAAACAACUGCAACAUAAAAUUGGAAGUUUGUUACAUAAAGAACAAAUAUCUAAUAAAACGAAAAGUUUAAUAAGCAAUGCUUUCGAUGAAGUGAUAAAUAAAAUUAAUAACAAGUGUAUUUUCAGAUCAUCUGAAGAUCUGUCGUCAAAUAUGAGGUUCAGAGUAGGCAAACCUGAACAGGCAGCCAUAAAGACAAUGUUAAUGUCAUACAAAAGCGAAUUCGAUAAACUAAUUGAAAGAUAUCGUUUUGGCAGCAAAGAGAACUCAGAGUUUCUUGCGAAUUUACGGGAAUUAUUUUUUGCAAUGCACUAUUCUUUCAAAAAAUUUACCAUGCACGACGAUCUUCAAUGCAAUGUUGUUACAAAAAAAUUAAAGGAACCAAAAAAGGAUAACAACAGUUCUAUGCCUUAUAAAUUUCCAUCCAUACUUCGCGACAAAAAUCAUAGUACUAAAUGUCCAAUUCAUUCAAUCUGCCCCUUUGAAUUAAAAAUGUUUUUAGCUGAUUUAUCAGCUAAUAUUUUAGAUACGAUCGAUCUAGUGUUUCAUAACUACAAAAAGAUGUAUCUAGUUGACGUGUCGAAAGAAAGCAGCAACGAAGAAAAAAAGUUUUUGUCGUUUAUGAAGGAUACAAAUUAUCGGGUAAAUAAGAGAUUUAAUGAAACGUUUAUAAAGGAAAUUUAUAAACUUAAUCUGGAUUCUAUGCCAGACAUCGAUGCAAAAGUGGCAAGAGUUAUCAAGUUUGUUGACGCGUCUGUUAACCAUGUUAAAACUUUGGUUGACGAUGCUUUAAAAUACGGAAUAAGCAGAAUACCUAAUAAAAUGCAGAAUACGGUAAAAACAGAUAUUAUGACUAACACCGAUAUAGAGCUGGUCAAUAUGCUAGAAAAGAUUAAGUCUAAAAUGUGUAAAACAUUCCAAACAUGCUACAGCAAAACUAAGUAAGGGUACUGGUAUUUCAAAAGCUGUUAUUUUUUACGCGUGUGGGGCAGAAAUUACAUUCGCAGUUUUGCACAACGCGAUUUAAUAAAAUAAAUUAAUCUAAAUUAGAAUAAAUAAACUGAGGAUU